AUGGCCGAGCAGGGCCUGGAGAUGGCCUCCAUGAUCCCGGCGCUGCGGGAGCUGGCCAGUGCAGGUCCAGAAGAAUACAAUACAGUUGUGCAGAAACCAAGACAAAUACUCUGCCAGUUCAUUGACAGAAUUCUUACAGAUGUAGAUGUUGUUGCUUUGGAACUGAUUAAGAAAUCAGAUUCACAGCCAAGUUCUGUAAUGUUGCUUGAUUUUAUUCAACAUAUCAUGAAGUCUUCCCCGCUUAUGUUUGUGAAUGUGGAUGGAAAUCAGGAGGAAACCGAAUGCAGUUGCAUUGAAUUUAGUAACUGGAUCAUAACAAGGCUUCUCCGAAUUGCUGCAACUCCAAACUGCAACACGUUGCACAAGAACAUUUGUGACGUCAUUUGCUCUUUACUUUUUCUGUUUAAAAUGAAGAGUUGCUCCAUUUUUGAAGUACUAACAAAAGACUUGCUACAGCUUUUGCAAGACUUAAUCUUCCUGCAUGAAAGAGAUGCACAAAAGCAUCUCUGGGGAGAUGGACUGGUCUGGCCAGUGACUGUGAAGAGAUUUUCAAGCAGUACUGGUGACAAAGUGGGAUAUUUAAGAUUGGCACCAUUACAGCUGAUGGGUAUGUCCAAUGUAGAAUGUUUGGAAGUUAUAUUGAUGUCUAUUCUGACAGAUAUUGUUGCAGAUGUGUUUUUUGUACGACAAGAUAUUAUUCUCUGGGGGAUAGGCUGCUCCCUGUUGGAGUAUGGCAGUCCAAAAGUUAAAGCUUUGGUAGUGAAGUUUUUGGUAAAAUUAAUUCAUUUAGGAGGACCUCCGGAACAGCUGGCCAGUGUUUUCUUCACAGUCUUUUUUGGAAUUCUACAGUCAGCAGUUGAAAUGGAUACUGAAGAAUCAGAACUCUUUGGAGAACCACUCUUACUGUUGGUGAGGACAUUGUUGCCUUUUGAAGCAGAUUCUUACAAAAAUAUUGAACCUGUCUACUUGAAUAUGCUACUAGAGAAGCUCUGUGCAUUGUUUGAAAGUGAUGUGUUUAGGUGUCUUCAGUCUGAAAAGCUGAAAGCUGCUUUUUGCCAUAUACUGCAAUAUUUUCUGGAGUUUGUUCCCACUGGCUAUGAAUCUGCCUUACAAGUAAGAAAAGUCCAUAUCGGUACCAUAUGCGGAAUUUUUGUGAAUGUGCUUGGAACUCAGGAAGAGCAAGAGUAUCUGGUGAGUCCGCUUUAUUCAGCAUUAAAAACACAAACAGAAGAACUCUUUCAAGAACUUCAUCAGAACCGGCUAGAUACUUCUGAUACUGAUGGAUGGAGCAGCAGCAGUGAUGAAGUUCCAGAGAAAAGACGACGACUAAGCCUACCAACAAAUAUAGAUCAUAAAGUAACUCAUCUGUGUGACUCUAACACAUAUAAGAAUACUCCGAGCUCCUCAGAUUCAGUGGUGAAUAUACAGUUCACAUGGAUUUCCUCUGAUUUUAUCACAAGAGUAGUGAAAGUCUGCAGAAACCUGUUAGAGGCUGCUACGCAGAUUGUUAACCUGGAACAAGUGAUUGACAGAAUAGUGAAAAUCUUUGAUGCUUUGCUGUAUGCACAAGUGAAAAUUCCACUGAGUGAUCAGGUUGUUGAUAACUUAUGUGGAUUGCUGUCUCUGCCCUGGAUUUACAGCCAUCCUGAUGAUUCUUCUUUUAAGCCAUCUGCUUUUGGGUUUGAUCCUCUAGUUUUGAGUCAAAAAACUGCACAGAGUUUCUCACCCCAAACUCAGUCACACUGUGUGUUCCUUCUGUCUCUCUUCCCAAGAAACAUUCAUCUGGAUUGGAGAAAAUCCAUUUAUCAUUGGGCACUAAAAAGUCCCCAUGAAGUAAUUCGGGCUACUUGUGUUAAAGGAUUCUCUCUCCUGCUUCAUCCACCAAGUGUGCAGUCCUGCAGUAUGAUUCCUAAAGCUCUUUUAAAUCAAAUCAAAGACGAGUCUGAGCUAGUCAAGGAGGCUUGUGCUGCUAUAGUUGGGAAAUUAUCUUGCUGUCUUUCUGGUACAUUCAGUGUACGACCUUCCUUAGCAGACUCUGCUAUUAAGCAUGUCACUUGCGGUAUUUUAUGUAGCAGCCUUACUGUGACUUCUGCUCAUGAAAAAACUUGUUCUGUGCAAGCCUGCGUUUUCAAGCCAUUUCUUAUUCUCCUCGAGAACAAAGUAUCCAGUUCAGUAAAGCUAACAUUUAUAGAAAAUAUACCUCAUCUUUGCAAACAUCUGGAUUUUAACACUGAUGAGUCCAGUGUGAAGAUUCUUGUUGGGUCUUUAUUAAAUCUAAUGGAAGAUCCAGACAAAGAUGUAAGAGUGGCUUUCAGUGACUGCAUAAAGAACAUACUAGAAUCCUUAGACUCUGAAGAAGGAUUCAUAAAAGAGCUGUUUGUUUCAAGAAUGAAAGAAGCCUAUACAAAUGCCAAAAUAUCAAGAAAUACUGAGCUUAAAGAUACCUUGAUUCUCACAACAGGAGAUAUUGGAAGAGCAUCAAAAGGAGAUUUGGUACCAUUUGCCCUCUUGCAUUUGUUACACUGUUUGUUGUCCAAGUCAGCUUCUGUGGCUGGAGCAGCAUACACAGAAAUUCGAUCCCUGGCGGCAGCUAAGUCCAUAAAACUGCAAGCCUUUUUCAGUCAGUACAAGAAGCCUAUCUGUCAGUUUCUAGUGGAAUCCCUGCACUCCAGCCAGAUGGCAGUAUUGAGUGCUCCAUGCCAGGGUAAUGAGCUACAGAAACAGACAGCUGCUCACCAGAGAGAAAUGGCUCUGGACAUGUUAUCUGAGAUCGCCAAUGUAUUUGAUUUUCCAGAUCUAAAUCGCUUUCUCUCACGGAUCCUACAAGUUUUGCUUCCUGACCUUGCAGCCAAGGCUAGUCCUGCAGCUUCCACGCUUAUUCGAACCAUAGCAAAACAGUUGAAUGUAAACCGAAGAGAGAUUUUAAUCAAUAACUUCAAAUACAUCUUCUCUCAUUUGGUCUGUUCCUGCUCCAAGGAUGAGCUUGAGCGGGCACUUCAUUACCUCAAGAAUGAGACUGAGAUAGAACUGGGCAGCUUGCUGAGACAGGACUACCAGGGACUGCAUAAUGAAUUAUUGCUGCGUAUAGGAGAACACUAUCAACAAGUCUUCAAUGGUUUGUCAAUAUUGGCUUCAUUUGCAUCUCAUGAUGAUCCCUAUCAGGGACCCAGAGAAAUAACAUCAUCUGAACAAAUGGCUGAUUAUCUGCAACCUAAAUUGCUUGGUAUCUUGGCUUUUUUUAACAUGCAGUUACUGAGCUCCAGUGUUGGCAUUGAGGAUAAAAAAAUGGCUUUAAACAGUCUUAUGUCUUUAAUGAAGCUCAUGGGUCCCAAACACAUCAGUUCAGUAAGAGUGAAGAUGAUGACUACGCUGAGAACAGCUCUAAGAUACAAGGACGACUUUCCAGAACUGUGUUGCAGAGCCUGGGAUUGUUUUGUUCGAAGUCUGGACCAUUCAUACCUUGGCUCCUUGCUUAGUCAUGUGAUAGUAGCGUUAUUGCCCCUUAUACAUAUCCAACCAAAGGAAACUACAGCAGUAUUUUACUUUCUCAUAGUUGAGAACAGGGAUGCAGUACGAGACUUUUUACAUGAAAUAUAUUUUCUGCCUGACCUUCCAGAACUAAAAGAAAUUCAGGUCGUGCUUCAGGAAUACAGAAAGGAAUCCUCCAAAAGCACCGACUUGCAGACAACACUGCAGCUGUCUAUGAGAGCUAUUCAGCAUGAGAAUGUGGAUGUUCGUAUGCAUGCACUUACCAGCCUGAAAGAAACAUUAUAUAGAAAUCAGGAAAAAUUGAUAAAGUAUGUAACAGACAGUGAAACUGUGGAGCCAGUUAUCUCCCAGUUGGUGACUGUACUUCUAAUCGGCUGCCAGGAUGCAAAUUCUCAAGCCCGACUACUUUGUGGGGAAUGUUUAGGUGAACUGGGAGCCAUAGAUCCCGGCAGGCUCGAUUUUUCAACAAGUGAAACUCAAGGAAAACAUUUUACGUUUGUGGCUGGUGUGGAGGAUCCAAAUUUUGCCUAUGGAUUAUUAAUGGAACUGACCAGAGCGUUCCUUGCUUAUGCUGAUAAUGUUCGUGCUCAGGAUUCUGCAGCAUAUGCGAUUCAGGAGUUAUUGUCUAUCUAUGACUGUAGAGAGACAAACACUGACUGCCCAGGCUCCAGGCUUUGGAGGAGGUUUCCUGAGCACGUGCAGGAGAUCUUGGAACCUCACUUAAACACACGGUACAAGAGUUAUCAAAAGGCUGUAAAUUGGUCUAAGAUGAAGCAGCCAAUUUACUUAAGCAAAUUAGGUGAUAAUUUUGCAGAAUGGUCGGCAACUUGGGCAGGUUAUCUUAUAACAAAGGUGCGACAUGAUCUUGCCAGAAAAGUUUUCGAUUGCUGCAGUAUUAUGAUGAAGAAUGACUAUAAAGUGACAAUUUAUCUGCUUCCACACAUCCUUGUCUAUGUUUUGUUGGGAUGCAGUCAAGAGGAUCAACAAGAGGUUUAUGUGGAGAUUAUGGCUGUUCUGAAACACGAUGACCAGUCUACCAGGAGACUUGAAGACAGUGCAUCUGAUCUAAGUCAGCUGAGCACGCAGACAGUGUUCUCCAUGCUUGAUCAUCUAACGCAGUGGGCUAGACAUAAGUUUCAAAUACUUAUUGCUGAGAAAAAUACUGGCAAGUCUAGCAAAGACAGAGGUGAUCUAAGAACAUCAAGUGAGGAUUAUGGAGAAUAUCAAAAUGUGACACGUUUUCUAGACCUCAUACCUCAGGAUACACUAGCUGUGGCUUCCUUUCGCUCUAAGGCUUACACAAGGGCUGUGAUGCACUUUGAAUCAUUCAUCACAGAGAAGAAACAAAAUAUUCAGGAACAUCUUGGGUUUCUUCAGAAAUUGUAUGCUGCUAUGCAUGAGCCCGAUGGAGUAGCUGGGGUGAGUGCAAUUCGGAAAGCAGAACCAUCUCUCAAAGAACAAAUCCUUGAACAUGAAAGUAUCGGCUUGUUAAGAGAUGCAACAGCCUGUUAUGAUAGGGCUAUCCAACUGGAACCUGAUCAGAUUAUUCAUUAUCAUGGUGUAGUGAAGUCCAUGUUAGGCCUUGGUCAGUUAUCUACUGUAAUUACUCAAGUCAAUGGAGUGCUUGCAAACAGGUCUGAAUGGAUUUCUGAAUUGAACACUUACAGAGUGGAAGCAGCCUGGAAACUGUCACGAUGGGAUUUACUGGAAAAUUAUUUGGCUUCAGAUGUGAAGUCCACGACUUGGAGUGUCAGACUAGGACAUUUAUUGUUAUCAGCCAAGAAGAAAAAUGAAGCAGCUUUUUAUGAAACACUCAAGGUUGUUCGAGCAGAACAGAUUGUACCCCUUUCAGCAGCAAGCUUUGAAAGAGGAUCCUAUCAGCGAGGAUAUGAACACAUCAUCAGGUUGCAUAUGCUGUGUGAGUUGGAACAUAGUAUUGGGCCAAUGUUUCAGCAACCUGAUGGUGACCACAGUAGAGAUUCCCUGAAUUGGUGUGCUCGUAUUGAAAUGACCCAAAACUCUUACAGAGCAAAAGAACCCAUUUUAGCACUGAGAAGGGCUUUGCUUAGUCUCAGUAAAAGCCAGGAUUACAGUGAGCUUGUUGGUCAGUGUUGGCUCCAGAGCGCUAGAGUUGCGAGAAAAGCUGGUCAUCAUCAGACUGCGUAUAAUGCUCUUCUGAAUGCUGGGGAAUCUACGCUCUCAGAACUUUAUAUAGAAAGAGCAAAGUGGCUCUGGUCCAAGGGUGAGGUUCAUCAAGCACUCAUUGUUCUCCAGAAGGGGGUUGAGUUGUGUUUCCCUGAAAAUAAAACACCGUGCAAUAGCAAAAAUCAGCUCAUCCAUGGUCGGGCAAUGCUGCUAGUGGGCAGAUUUAUGGAAGAAACUGCUAACUUUGAAAGCAAUGCAGUUAUGAAAAAGUAUAAGGAUGUUACGAUUUUCUUGCCAGAAUGGGAAGAUGGACAUUUUUAUCUUGCUAAAUACUAUGAUAAAUUAAUGCCGAUGGUAACUGACAACAAGAUGGAAAAACAAGGAGAUCUGAUUAGAUACAUAGUUCAUCAUUUUGGGAGGUCUCUACAGUAUGGAAACCAGUUCAUCUAUCAGUCAAUGCCAAGAAUGCUAUCUUUAUGGCUGGACUUCGGAGCAAAAGCAUAUGAAUGUGAUAAAGCUGGUCGUUCAGAACGUGUUCAAAUGAAAAAUGAUUUAGCUAAAAUAAAUAAGGUGAUUACAGAGCACACGAAUCACCUGGCACCUUACCAAUUUCUGACAGCCUUUUCUCAGUUAAUCUCCCGAAUCUGCCAUUCUCAUGAUGAAGUCUUUGCAGUUCUGAUGGUGAUUGUUGCUAAAGUGUUUUUAGCCUAUCCACAGCAAGCAAUGUGGAUGAUGACUGCUGUGUCCAAGUCCUCGUACCCUACGCGUGUCAAUAGAUGUAAGGAAAUUCUAAACAAAGCUAUUCACAUGAAGGAAUCUUUAGGAAAAUUUAUUGGAGAUGCAACACGCCUUACAGAUAAGCUAUUAGAACUAUGCAACAAACCGGUUGAUGGAAACAGCUCAACAUUAAGCAUGAAUAUUCAUUUCAAAACACUUAAGAGAUUAGUAGAAGAGCACACAUUUAGUGAAAUUCUCAUUCCCUUACAAUCUGUAAUGAUACCAACUCUUCCUUCAAUUCCUGGUACACAUGCUAACCAUGACCCUUUUCCUGGAUGCUGGGCCUACAUUGCAGGCUUUGAUGAUACGGUGGAAAUUCUUGCCUCACUGCAAAAGCCAAAAAAGAUCAGCUUAAAAGGUUCAGAUGGGAAAUCUUACAUUAUGAUGUGUAAGCCAAAAGAUGAUCUAAGAAAAGACUGUCGUCUCAUGGAAUUCAACUCCCUUAUUAAUAAGUGCUUAAGAAAAGAUGCAGAGUCCCGUAGGCGAGAACUCCAUAUUCGAACCUACGCAGUUAUUCCAUUAAAUGAUGAAUGUGGCAUAAUUGAAUGGGUGAACAAUACUGCUGGUUUAAGAAAUAUCCUGAUAAAACUUUAUAAGGAGAAAGGUAUCUAUAUGACCGGAAAAGAAUUGCGUCAGCAUAUGCUUCCCAAGUCAGCACCUUUGUCUGAAAAGCUGAAAAUGUUCAAAGAAGUCCUUCUGCCUCGUCAUCCUCCUCUCUUUCAUGAAUGGUUUCUUAGAACAUUUCCUGAUCCUACUUCAUGGUACAAUAGUAGGUCAGCCUAUUGUCGUUCUGUUGCAGUUAUGUCGAUGGUAGGUUACAUACUUGGUCUAGGAGACCGUCAUGGUGAAAACAUCCUGUUUGAUUCUUUGACUGGUGAAUGUGUGCAUGUGGAUUUCAACUGCCUUUUCAAUAAGGGAGAAACUUUUGAAGUUCCGGAAAUCGUUCCUUUUCGUCUCACUCACAACAUGGUUAAUGGAAUGGGCCCAAUGGGAACAGAAGGUCUCUUCCGAAGAGCUUGUGAAGUCACAAUGAGGCUUAUGCGUGAUCAAAGGGAGCCUCUAAUGAGUGUCUUAAAGACUUUUCUCCAUGAUCCUCUUGUGGAAUGGAGUAAACCUGUUAAAGGGAAUACAAAAGCACAGGUGAACGAAACUGGAGAAGUUGUCAAUGAAAAGGCCAAAACCCACGUCCUUGAUAUAGAACAACGGCUGCAAGGUGUCAUUAAGACUAGAAACAGAAUAAAAGGAUUACCCUUAUCUAUUGAAGGGCAUGUUCAUUACCUUAUUCAAGAAGCAAGUGAUGACAACCUGCUCUGCCAGAUGUAUAUGGGCUGGGCUCCAUAUAUGUGAAACUUGUUCACUUUGGAAUGAUACUAUUCACGAGUGAUGUAGCUGUAAUAUUCUUGAGAAGGUAUUAAUCAGUGCUAACUGGUUACUUCUGUUGAUUUCUGAUUGUAAGCAGCAGAACAGUCUUAUGAUCAAUCUGAAAUCUAUGUAAAAUAUACAAUACGCUUGCAAGUAUGUUUUGAAUACACUUGCAGAUCUGUAAGGUAUUACGACUUAUGUUUUGUAUACAUAUAGAAGGCAGUACAUAGGAACUGCUGAAAAAUUAGACUGUGCAAGUCUCUGCAAGUUUGUUACUCUAUGAAAAAUGUGUACAAUGUUGAAAGAAUGCACUCUAUAAAGUACUGUAUAUUUUUGUAAAGAUUUUUCUCAUUCAGCUUACUUGUAGAUUAGAAAAUCUGACAUUAAAGUUUUAUACUGA